ACAAGUAGAAGCCCUUAAAGAGGAAACACAAAAAUCCCAGAAAGAAUUACAUGAAACACAACCAAACAGGUAAAGGAAUUGAACAAAACCAUUCAGGAUAAAAAAAUGAAGACAGAAACAAUAAAGAAAACACAGAGGGAGACAACCCUGGAUACAGAAAACCUAAGGAAGAGACAAGGAGUCAUAGAUAAAAGCAUCACCAACAGAAUACAAAAGGUAGACGAGAGAACCUCGGGGCAGAAGAUAUCAUAGAAAACACUGACAGAACUGUCAAAGAUAAUGUAAAAUGCAAAAAGAUCCUUGCCCCAAAUAUCCAGGAAAUACAGGACACAAUGAGAACAUCAAACCUAAGGGUAAUAGGUAUAGAAGAAAGUGAAGACUCCCAACUUAAAGGGCCAUUAAAUAUAUCAACAAAAUUAUGGAAGAAAACUUCCCUAACCUAAAGAAAGAGAUGCCCAUAAACAUACAAGAAACCUACAGAACUCCAAAUAGAUUGGACCAGAAGAGAAAUUCCUCCCAUCACAUAAUAGUUAAAACACCAAAUGCAAAAUAACACGGAAAAAAUAUUAAACGCAGUAAGGGGAAAUGGUCAAGUGACAUAUAAAGUCAAACCUCUAAGAAAUACACCAGAAUCCUCACCAGAGACUUUGAAAGCCAGAAGAUCCUUGACAGGUGUCAUAUAGACCCUAAGAGAACACAAAUGCCAGCCCAAGUUACUGUAUCCAGCAAUACUCUCAAUUAACAUGGGUGGAGAAACCAAGAAAUUCCAUUUAAAAAAUAAAUUUUCACAAUAUCUUUCUAUAAAUCCAGCCCUACAAAUGAUAAUAGAUGCAAAUAUCAAAAAAGGAGAGAAACUACACCAUACAGAAAGCAAGACUAUAAUUUGCUUGCAAUGAAACCAAAAGAGAGAAACAUAAACGUAAUUCCACCUCUAAAAUAUCACAGACAAUCACUAUUCCUUAAUAUCUCUCAACAUCAACAUACUGAAUCCACCAAUAAAAAAGACAUAGACUAACAGACUGAAUAUGUAAAGAGGAUCCAUCAUUUUGCGGCAUGAAGGAAACACAACUCAGAGACAAAGACAGACACUACCUCAGAGUAAAUAGCUUCAAAACAACUUUCCAAGCAAAUGGCCUGAAGAAACAAGCUGGAGUUGCCAUUCUAAUAUCAUAUAAAAUUGACUUUCAACUAAAAGUCAUUAACAAAGAUUAGGAAGGAGACUUAAUAUUUGUCAAAGGAAUAAUCCACCAAGGUGAAAGUUCAAUGUAUGCUCCAAAUGCAAUGACAACUACAUUCAUAAAAGAAACCUUAUUAAGCUCAAAAUACACAUUGUACCUCACAGCAUAAUGAUAGGAGAUUUCAACAUCUCACUCACAUGAAUGAACAGAUCAUGGAAACAGAAAUUAAUCAAAGACAUAGAGAAACUAACUGAAGUUAUGAACCAAAUGGAUUUAACAGAUAUUUAUAGAACAUUACAUCCUAAAACAAAAGGAUAUACCUUCUUCUCUGCACCUCAUGGUACUGUUGCUAAAUUGACCAUAUAAUGUGUUGGGAGCAACUAUUAAUGGCACUGACAUCUAGUGGUCGUUUGUGUUAUUACCACCAUUAAGCCGUGUCUUUAGCUUUCAUCUGGCAUUUUUACUAGGCCAUAGUUGAUAAGCAUGUUAAUAAGAUGUCUUCACUCCACCAAUCCCCAGAGGACAAGUUCACAGCCAUCUGUCUGUUUUGUACUUAAGUCGAGGUGGGCGCUUCAACUGGUGGCCUGUACGGGGACCCGAGAAAAUUAUCUUUUCUCGUCUGGAUCCAGAACUUUUUCAGCCUCAGGACGGUCGACGUCGGUAAGUUCCCAGAAGGGGCAGUUAGUUGCCGGAAUUGGGACAAUAGAGUUCCUAGAAUUGGGACGGUAAAGCUCCCGAAAUUGGGACGAUAAAGCUCCGGGAUAAGGAAUUAUAAAAUUUCCCUAAUAGGACAAUAAGGUUCUCUGGAGAAGCAGAGGCGAUGAUAGCCUUGGUUUAGAGGCAAAAGGGGUUUGUGGAGCACGGCAAUGUUGUCUUUUCCAUUUGAUCCUUUGUGGGUUGGACUAGCACUCUUGCCUUAUACUGUUUUUGUGUUGUGGUGUUGCUACUGUCUGAAUUGCCACCGUCCAGGGCACGAAUGCAUUUGUUGGGAAGAGUCCACUGAAGAGCCACAAGAUCAUGUGUAAAUAAACACGCCAGCUCGCCAGCUCGCCUUGCUUGUAAAUCGAUCGUAAAUAAGGUUGUAAAAGCAUGGGAAACUCACACUCCACCCUGCUCCUGUCAGCUCUUCAGGAGCUUCUUGAUCAGCAUGGGUUUAAAAUUGAUAAGAAAAUUCUGUUGCGUUUUCUUGAUGAGUGUAACCGUUGUGCUCCGUGGUUUAUAGUGUCAGGGUCGCUCACUUUGAGAGCGUGGGAAAAGUUAGGAAAAGAUCUGGAUAAGGAAACUACAGAGGGCAAGCCUAAACCAGGGACAAAGCCACUUUGGCGUAUGGUCCGUGCCUGCUUGGAAGAUAAACGAUGUGAAGAAGCUGUUAGGACAGGUCAGAGAAUCCUUACAGAGCAACAAGAGAGUAUGUCAGAAGGAGAGAAAGUUUUGAAGGAAGGGAAGAAAAGAAAAGGAGGAAAAGAGGUAAAAGAAAAGGCAGAAAAGAUCAAGGAGAGGAUAGACAAAGGCGGGAAUAAUAAUCAGGACGUAGAGACAAAGAAAAUAUAUCCCUCAUUAAAGGCAUUGACUUUGGGAAUGUCUAGUGACUCAGAGCUUAGUGAUAAUGACUUAGUUGACCUUGAGGAAGAAGCCGCUCAGUAUGAGAGAGAGAUUUAUCAUCCUGACUGGCCACACGCCUACACUAUGCAGAAACAAGCCAAAGAAUUAGAUAAGAAAGCAAUUAUACCAAUGGCACCCCCUGUACCUCCAUAUAACUUUCAAGGUAAAAGGAUGGUGAAGCCUGCAGGAGGUACUUCUUUUUGCCCAGAAAUAUGGAAAGAGUUAGGAUUGAGUUUUCCAGUUUUUCUGGAUGCAAACGGGCAGCGACAUCAUGAACCUGUUGACUUUAAAACAAUAAAACAAUUAGCAGAGUCAGUCAAAACCUAUGGAGUCAACUCAGCUUUUAUUAUCGCUCAAAUUGAGGCUCUUGGCAGAUACUGUCUCACCCCUGGAGACUGGGGCAGUUUAGCCAGAGCUUGCCUCUCUCCGGCUAUGGAGCAAGUGUAGUGAGAAAGGAAAUUUAAUUUUAUGGACCCCGCUCUAGUGGCGGUGUGUUGGUUGAUAGCCAAAGUUAAUUUUUGAAGCAUAGUGUUUUAUCUGUGCUUGUGCUCCCAGCCCACGCAGUAGUGGGGAGCGAAACUAGCUGCGGAGCUGCUACAGCGAACAUGGAGACUGCUCAGUCUCACCCAAUUUUUCUGGCUCUUCAGGAGCUGUUUAAAAGAAAAAGGCUUAGGAUAAAAAGAAGCACUAUAGAGAGAUUUCUUAGUGAGUGCGAUUGCCAUUGCACCUUGGCUUGCUCUCUGGGAAUCUCGUGGUGGACAGCUGAGAAAAGCUGGGAAAGAUUUAAAUUUUGCUUGGGAGCAAGGAACCUUAUAGGGACAGGCUACAUUAGAAAUGCUACAGGAGGAACGAUUUGAAAAGGCUGAGAGUGAGGUGGGGGAGGACUCUAAGGAAAUCAAGAACAAGAAAGGAAUUUAUCCAUCCCUCAAAGAACAAGGUCAGAAAAAUAAAUAAAUAAAAUUCCAGUUGCUAACUUUAGUGGCCUGACCUUCAACAUUUGCUCACAGAAAAAGAGUGUUCAUUAAGAGAAGUUCUUUCAGGGAGCCUGCCUUAUCUGGUGGUUUUAUUCCAAGAGAGGAGUCAGUCUCCAACAUUAAGUUACUUUUCUCGUUAGUCAUGAUUAACAUGGAGAGUGCCUUUGAUCCUAUCCCCACAACAGCCAGUUCCUGCUCCUAUUGUCAAAAUGCCCCAGGUUGGGGGGCAGAGAAGCCCUGAGGACCACAAAACUGCCAACAGCCAAAGGUGAAAGUUAAAACAGAGAGCAUUCCAGGAAACGGGUCAGCCCAAGCCUAACCAGAUGUGUUUCGUGUUUCAAAUGCAGAUGCUUCAUCAACUCUGACCAACUUUUACUCUGACAGGACGAGAUAAAAAUAAAGAGGACCUGAAGAUCCGAUCCUUCUCCUGAUUUAGUAGCUCUGUUCCAAGAACCAGGGGCCAUAAAACCUUUUGGCAUCCCCUUAUCUCCUGGAGCCAUAAAACAGGGACAAAUUGGGAUAAGAUGGGCUAAAAAAGGCCUCGAUGAUUUGGGCUAGCGUGAGUAAAACUUGUAAUAAAAAAGAGACAAGGUAAUGGUAAAGUGUUUUGUGUAUACAUUCUUUUAGAGUUAUGUUUUAGUCUUUGGACCCUGAUUAGAGAUAGUUUACAGCCUAGACAAGAGAGAAUGGGUUUGGGAAAAACAGUCCUCCCAGACUCUCCACAGAUGCUUUGGAGAAAGAGAAAAACUUUCAGAGCUCUCCUGGGAACAGAAGAAAGGCAGGAGACAUCCUGCCUCUCUGCUGGCUCCUAUUGGAGAAAAUGCUUAUUUCUGGUUCUGAAUUCAAUAGAUAAAAUAUCUGGGUCCCUUCAGUGGGACACCAUCUAGUUUUUUCCCCUGUAUGUCUAUUAUCUGUCCUUGGUGCACCAAGCUGUCCAUGUCUGUCAGUUUAUGUCUCUGGUUUUUGUUUCUCGUUGUUUAAAAGUUUGAUGUUUCAUGUUCAAAAAAAAUGGUAAAAACUUUAUCUGCCGGUCGUUCACACCUUGAUUUGGUCUUAACUCAUUUCUAUAAAGGGAACAAAUGAAUAAAAAACAGUUUCAAUCGGCCUUUGGAGCCCUGUACCUACAGCAAGGAGCCUAGGUCAGCUGGAGAAGCUGCCUGGGGGCAGAGCAUCUACAGGAGCUGAUCUUAAAGGCGCCAACAGCUAGCUCCUCAGCUUCUUGGUAUGGGAGCUGAUGGCUGUUUCUCUUAGAAAAAUCCCUGACUUGUUAUUAGAUUUAGCAGGUGACAAGGUGCUUCUUUUAAAAUCACAGCUAAAAAACAAAAAUGGUGCUUGGUCUAAAUAUUAAAGACAUGUGUAACACUUCAAUUUUGUUUCUGACUGGUUUUAAAUGUAUAAAUAUGCUCUACAUGCCUUGGUCAUAGAUUAUUGGCCUUUAAGUUAUUAGAUAUGGUUAAAAAAUUAUAACAUCUAUAACAAAAGGUUGACAUAAACUGGUAAUUUGGACUGAGUCAUUCUAGACAAUAUAUGACAUGAGCCAACCUAGAAAAACAGGUCUAAAUUGAGAUAAUAUUUUUAUAGAACUCUUAUCCUAAAAGCCAGGCACCCCCCAAAUCACAAAAUGUAAAAUUAUAUUAGAAGUUUUUAAAAGAUUUCAUGAUUCUUUUAAUUUGAUUUCUGAUUCUGCUUAUGUAGUUAACACUGUGCGCUCACUUGAAAUUACAGGGCCAAUCAGGUCGACUAAUACUAUAUGUCAAAUUCUUUUAGAAUUACAAAAAUUGAUUUGGGCCAGAAAAAAUAAGUUUUUCAUACAACAUAUUCGAGCUCAUACUAAUUUGCCUGGGCCCAUGGCCAGUAAUAACGCUCUGGUGGAUGCUAGUACUCGUAGAGAAUUUAUUUUUCAUACAGCUCCAGUUGAUCUUGCUAGAGAAUUUCAUCAAAAGUUUCAUGUUCCUGCCUUCAAUCUUCAACAAAAAUUUAAAAUCUCUAGAGCUAUAGCUCGUGAUGUAGUAUUACGUUGCCAGAAUUGUGUUCAGUUUCACCACCCUCCUCAGGUGAGAAUUAACCCUCGUGGUCUGAUUCCACUGAAACUCUGACAGAUGGAUGUUACACACAUAUCUCAAUUUAGAAAUUUAAAAUAUGCACAUGUUUCUGUUGAUACCUGUUCUGACAUUAUACAUGCCACUCUGAUGACUGGUAAAAAGGCUCGUAAUGCCAUUAGUCAUUGCUUAGAGGUGUGGGCAGCCUGGGGAAAGCCUGACAGUCUCAAGACAGACAACGGACCUGUCUACACUACAAAGUCUUUUCAGACAUUUUGCCAAACAAUGCAGGUCAAACAUACUACAGGAUUGCCAUACAAUCCCCAAGGCCAAGGAAUUGUAGAAAGAACACAUCGUACUUUAAAAGAGCUCUUACAAAAACAAAAAGGGAGAAUUGCCUAUGGCAGAACACCAAGAGAACAGUUGUCUUUAGCUCUCUUUACUCUAAAUUUUUUAAUUUUGGAUGCGCAUGGCCGCUCUGCUGCAGAUCGCCAUGCUGCUACUAAACCUAUGACUAAUGCAGAUGUAAAGUGGAAGGAUGUCUUAACUGGUGAAUGGUGUGGCCCAGAUUCCGUAAUUUCGAGAUCUAGGGGAGCUGUUUGUGUUUUUCCACAGAAUCAAGACAAUCCAAUCUGGGUGCCUGAACAUUUAACUCGCAAACUGCCUCCUGCUAUUCGUGAAGAUGAGACUACGGACACUACUACUACUACUACUACUACUACUACUACUACUACUACUACUACUACUGGAAAUGAUGAUCCAGGUUGAUUCACUCACGCUGUGGGCUAUUGCCAGAUCCUGGCCAGUACUUAUGCCGCUUCAUAGCAAUUCUACUGUCUUGCCAACUUUUUUCUCCACAUCCUGUUUACGUGAUGUUCCUUGUAUAGUGCCUAAUGGAGAAUUGCCCCAACGAUAUACUGCCACUAAUCUUUCAUUGUUACAUACAUUAUGUUUCACUCUUAAGAAUUCCUCCCAGCCUUGUAUAUUGCUGCGAAGGACAGCAUUGGCUAAUUGGUUAGAUCCUGUGAGCAAUAGUGCUAUGGGCACUGGAACCAUCCUGGCUGCUCUGAGUAAAAUUACCCAAGGAGCCUCUUCAGGCAGUGGAGAUACGUCAAUCAAUAAUUCUGCUAAAUUGAACAUUACAACCUUGAUUAUGAUGCAUAAUGGUAGUUUUCCAUCACUCCCGGGGCAAGGCAUCACACACUGAUUAACUCUACCUAUCGUAGAGUUCUACCUACUUGCCCCCCAUAUCAAGCCUUUCCACCUAAAUUUACUCCUUGUCAAAGCCCAUUCCAUAGAUCUAAACAAUUCCUACUGGGAUUUGAGUUUUCCCCUCCUCUUGGCAAUGUCCAAUAUGAUGGGGAGAAAAAUAAGACCGGCAAACGUAAUUUUUGGCCCUGGUAUCAAUGGGUAUUAUCAAAUGAGCAGGGAGCAUACACAUCUCUAACUCCUUUUGCUCGAUUAUUACGUGAAGAAUUUACAUUAUAUAAUAUUUCAGCCACUAGAACCAAUAACAAAACAAGUUUAGUAGAUGUUAAGAUUAAUAGCCUAUUAACAAAUGAUACUGCCGUUGGUGCUUCAGUAUGUGUUAGACCACCUUUCUUUUUUCUGAUAAGCACUAAUGCAAGCAAUAAUGCUUUAAAUUGCAAUAACUCUGAUGUAGUUUGUUAUUUAGCUGAAUGCUGGGAUGGCGCCAAUGAUACCGCAGUGAUACUCAAGAUUCCUUCCUUUGUGCCUAUCCCUGUAGUAGCAAAUCCAGAUAAUUUUCCCAUACUUCAUUUACUAAGAACAAAAAGAGAUUUUGGUAUUACGACAGCUAUAAUUUCAGCCAUUGUACUAUCAGCCGCUACAACAACUACAGCCGCGAUUGCUAUGACUAAUCAAAUACAGAUGGCUGAGACUAUCAAUCAGAUUGUGGAAAGAACCACAGUGACAUUGCAGAUACAAGGAGAAUUUAAUGCCCACUUGGCAUCUGGCUUUCUAUUAGCUAACCAACGAAUAGAUUUGCUUCAGGAACAAAUUGAGACAUUAUAUCAUAUGACACAGGUGUCCUGUGUUUCCUCUCUUAGAGGCUUAUGUGUUAUUCCAUUGCAAGCUAACCUUUCUCAAUAUUCUCAACAGAACAAAGAAAUCUCGAAUUAUUUAAAAGGAAACUGGUCCAUGGAAGCGGAACAAUUAUCGAGACAAUUGCUGAUGCAGAUUGCUAUCCUUAACAACACCAGAAUGGAACCCAUCACAUUUGGAGAUUUCACCUCGUGGAUUACCAAUGCUUUCUCAUUUUUCAAAGAAUAGGCUGGCAUGUUUGCCUGGGGGGCCAUUGUCCUCUUGGAAUGUGGAGUAUGUCUAUGGCUUUUUUGAAGUUUACAACGAGAGCAUGCCAGACACAAAGCGAUUGUUUACCAGGCUAUGGCAGCCAUUGAAAGUGGUGCUUCUCCCAGUGUAUGGCUGGCCUCUCUGAAAGAUUGAGAGUUCGCCCUAGAUCAUAUUUUGUCACUGUCAUGUGAAGCCAUGUAUCCAGAGACGGGCAACUUUCCUCAGGCUAGGACCAACCUAAGACAGGAGCCCAGUGGCGAUAGGGCUAAUCCAGUGACGGAUAAGGCCGAGAUUUUAGAGAGGAAUGACCUAAGAUAGGAGCAAUGACAUGUAUUGACAUGACACCCAGAUCUAGACCAGUCAUAGACAGAGGUGGCUACGCCCCGUUUGUAUAUUCCAGCUGGUCCUAUGCCCCUCUGCUCUGUUUCUCCCCUAAUAUUAAACACACACGUAUAGCCCAGAACGGUGUGUUGUACAUAAGUCAUCUCCAGCCAUUGGGCUACAGUCCUAACUGCAAGAGUGGUUCGCCAUGUCCGAGCUGGGCACUCUGUGAGGCAUGUCUGAUCUCUCUCAGACCACUACCUCCACCUAAUGGAUUCAUUUUUAAUAAAACAAAAAAGAGGCAGAUGUUGGGAGCAACUAUUAAUGGCACUGACAUCUAGUGGUCGUUUGUGUUAUUACCACCAUUAAGCCGUGUCUUUAGAUUUCUUCUGGCAUUUUUACUAGGCCAUAGUUGAUAAGCAUGUUAAUAAGAUGUCUUCACUCCACCAAUCCCCAGAGGACAAGUUCACAGCCAUCUGUCUGUUUUGUACUUAAGGUGAGUGCCUUUGUUCUCUGGGGUCCCCAUAUCAUCAAUGAGUUGUUCCUGCAAUAAAGGCUGUUAAAGAAGGA